AUGACUCGGCCACGCUCAACAACACAUCUACCUAUGAUGCUAGCCAUCGUCUUUGCCCUCAUAGUCUGCAUCUUUGCAACUCCCUCAAUAGCCCAAGACUCAAGUUCAGACAAGGCUGCAAAACCAGACCUCAUCUGCCACACCAGCAACCCCGAUGAGUGUUACCCACGGGUCUUCCAACCAACAGAUGAAUUCCAAACAGUACACAAUGACCAAGAACUACCCAACGGGCUUCAUGUCCGGCUAAACAUCUGGACCGGCCAAAAAGAAGCCAAGAUCAAUGUCCCCGGUGAGACGGACCCUUCUCUAGAGGGGCUACCGAUUGAUCAAGCCGUGGUCGUGGUUGACCCCGAGCAACAACCAGAUGCGCCUAAAAUUCCCAGAGGCGCACCAGAGUACGAACCCGUGGGAAAGGUGAAAGGCCCGGAGCACGAAUCAGUCCACUUUUACGAGGGACUCAAGAUGCUCAAGAGCGGCGUCACUAAAAACGACAAAGCAUUCGAUGAUGCGCUAGAAGGACUGGAAGACCUCUCUCACGACUUGUACUACGGUCUCAAAGUCGCCGAGGAUUCGGACGCCAUCAAAGCUCUUUUGUGCCUCAUGUCUGACCAGAGGGCGGCGACGGAUGGAGCCAUUCCUCGCGAUCAACAAGCCGCUGCCAUCUUGGCGGGCGCCAUGCAAAAUAACCCUACCGCCCUCAAGGAAGUCGUCAAGGUGUGGCCGCAGCUUGUGGACUCCAAGUGUCCCAACACCGGGGAGUCGUUGCGUCAAAGUAUUUACUCGAGCGUCAUUCCAGCUCGAAAUGGACACGGCACCGAUGACCAGCAGGCUGCUGCGCGGGUCAAGUCCAAAGUCGCCGUCAUCAAUGGCCUCAUCAAGGAUAGCAUAAUUCGGGCAGAAUUCUUGAAGGAUGGCGGCAUGGCGUCGCUGCUGAGGGUAUUGAUGCCCGAGGGGAAGGCGUGGGCCGGGGCACAACGAAAGGCGGGCCAACUUGUUCUGGAUAACUUUAUGGACGAGGACAUGGGCGCUGUUUUGGGACAGUGGCCGACCAUUCCUAGGUUGAGCGAUGAGCAGUGCCGGACUAGAGAGUCGGAGACGGCUGAGGGGUGCUGGGACUAUCAUGUCGGUAGGAUCAUGAAGGCGAGUAAGGCGGGUAAGGGAGAUUGGAGUCGAGAGUUGAAUAAUAGACUUGCGAGCGUGAGAAAGGAGCAGAGCAAGAGGAGGGCGCAUGAAGAAUUGUAG